GAUUAAAUAGUUGUUUUGUGAAAGUUUUAGAUACAAUUUUUUUUUGUUAUUGUUAAGUGUUUUUGUGUUUUCACGAAAUAUUUGUUUAAAUAAAUAAUUUAAAGUGUAAAGUGUGGUAGUAAAAAAUAAAAAAAAUAAUUAACUAAAAAUGUUUACGAAACGUUCUCAUCUUUUAAAUACACAUUUCUCCAAUAAUAACAAUAAUAAUAAUAAUGGGAAAUGUAUGCAAAAUCAUGCACAGUGUAUGGAAACGUGCCUGCAAGUUGCCACCAAUGUAACCGAGCAAAAACAUCAUGUAACCCGUGAGGCUAGAGGUAAAAAUCUCGGCAUAUGUCGUGGUUUCCGUGGCUGUACCGUUUGGCUAACCGGUCUUAGUGGGGCUGGCAAAACCUCCAUAGCCUUUGAAUUGGAAGCCUACUUAGUGGCCCGUGGUAUACCAGCCUAUGGUCUGGAUGGUGACAACAUCAGAACCGGCCUCAACAAGAAUUUAGGUUUCACACCCGGCGAUCGUGAAGAAAACAUUAGACGUGUUGGUGAAGUAGCUAAAUUGUUUGCCGAUAGUGGUGUCGUUUGCAUAUGCAGUUUUGUUUCGCCUUUUGGUGAUGAUCGUGAUUUGGCCCGUAAGAUACACAAAGAUGCUGGUUUGAAAUUCUUUGAAGUAUUUGUUGAUACUCCAUUGUCGGUGUGUGAGUCAAGGGAUGUCAAGGGUUUGUACAAGAAGGCCAGAGAGGGUACUAUUAAGGGUUUCACCGGCAUUACACAGGAGUACGAGAAACCUGAAAACCCCGAAUUGGUUGUGAACACUGAUGGUUUCACCAUCAAACAGUCCACACAAAAGCUCAUACAGCUACUGGAAGCGGAAGGUGUAGUGCCCAAAUCAUUGAGAGAUGUCCAAAAGUUGUCCGAACUAUUUGUGCCAGCCUCCCUAAAAGAGGCCAUACUAAAUGAGGUUAAAUCCUUGCCCUCCAUACCCAUUACACAGGUGGAAUUACAAUGGGUGCAAGUAUUAUCCGAAGGUUGGGCUUAUCCCCUUAAGGGAUUUAUGCGUGAAGAUGAAUAUUUACAGACCUUGCAUUUCAAUUCGAUAUUAAGUGAAGAUGGUGCUUUCAGAGAAAAUCAAUCGGUGCCAAUUGUAUUGUCUGUAUCAGCAGAAAAUAAAGAAAAAUUGGACGGUUCAUCGGCCAUCUGUUUGUCGUACAAUAAUAAACCGAUUGCGAUUUUAAGAAAACCUGAAUUCUUCUAUCACCGCAAAGAGGAACGUUUGGCCAGACAAUUCGGCACCACAAAUCCAAAUCAACCUUAUAUUAAGAUGGUUUUGGAAUCGGGUGAUUAUUUGGUGGGUGGUGAUUUGGAGGUUAUUGAACGCAUACAAUGGAAUGAUGGUUUGGAUCAAUACCGUCUUACACCCAAUGAAUUGAGACAGAAGUUUACAGAAUUGGAAGCUGAUGCCAUUUUUGCUUUCCAACUGCGUAAUCCCAUCCAUAAUGGUCAUGCUCUACUCAUGCAAGACACCAAACGUCAACUGCUCGAACGUGGUUUCAAGAAACCCGUACUUCUUUUACAUCCCCUGGGUGGUUGGACCAAGGAUGAUGAUGUGCCUUUGCCCGUUCGCAUGGCUCAACAUCAGGCCGUACUCGAUUCGGGUGUUUUAAGCAGAGACGAUACCGUUUUGGCCAUCUUUCCCUCACCCAUGAUGUAUGCCGGUCCCACAGAGGUGCAAUGGCAUGCUAAGGCACGCAUGAAUGCUGGUGCCAAUUUCUAUAUUGUGGGCAGAGAUCCAGCUGGUAUGCCUCAUCCCGAUAAGGAAAUGUAUCCAGAUGGUAAUUUGUAUGAGGCCACCCAUGGAGCUAGAGUACUUAAAAUGGCCCAAGGCCUAGAUAGCAUGGAGAUUUUACCCUUCCGUGUGGCUGCUUACGACAAAAGCGUAUCACGCAUGGCUUUCUUUGAACCCAAACGUAAGGAUGAAUUUGAAUUUAUCUCAGGUACUAAAAUGCGCACAUUAGCUAAGACUGGCUCAAAUCCACCCGAUGGUUUUAUGGAACCCAAAGCCUGGAAAAUCCUUUCAGAAUAUUAUCAAUCCCUUGCAAAGCAACAAUAGUUAACAACUUACCAAUUAUUUAUAGUUAUAAAUGUUAUAAACUAAAAAAAACAAGAUUUUAUCUUUUAAGUGCAAUGUUUUUUUAAAAACAAUUUUUAUAUAUUAAAAUAAAAACAAAAAUAUUUAUAUAAAUUUAAUCUUCCUUCUAUAAAACACAUUACCAUUAGAUUAAGUAUGUUUUAUCAACAUAUUAUUUCUGUUUUUUUUUUUUAAUUUUAAACUUUAACCUCAACCAUAUUCAUAAAUUUAUAAUCCCUUGAUAAAUUUAAAAUUUGUUUAUGAUUAGGGAGGUAAAUGCUUGUCUGCCUAUUUAACUUUCGAUUUCAUUUCUAAUUUUAUUUUUCUGUAAAAGGCCUUAAACUUACUAUUUGUAGCUAAACAAAGUGUUUUAUUAUUCACUUAUUUAAAUUACUAUUAUUAUUUUGUAAUUAAGACAAAGCGAACAUACCCUUUUGAUGAUAAAUCUAAUAGGAGUUUUCAUUUGUUUCAUUUACCUUUUAUUUUUGUUUGUCGCUUUUAUUAUACAUAUUAUAAGCUAAGUAAAUAAAAUAACUACGUAACUGUUAUAACUUUUAAUUUUAAACUUAUUGUAAUAUAUUUUGAACAUAAAAUAAAUAAAUUAUUCUUUUUUAAAAUAA